AUGGCCGACUGGGCAGCAGCGGCUGCGGCAUGGGCUCAGUCGGGGGAAGGAGAGAAGACACAGUUCGUGCCUCCACCGCAGCCUCCGCCUCCAAAAGUUGAGCAGCAACAGCCCGGAGCAUGGGGUGGCGCCGACCAGCAGCAAUUGUGGAUGCCGCCGCACCAGAUGGACCAUGCUGCUGUUGCAUCCGCUCACCAAGGACAUCAGCAGCACAGCUUUGGAAGUCUUCCAGGAGGCUCAGAUCCAAUGGCAGGGGGGGGUCACCAAGGGUUCGGACAAGAAGGCGUAUCGCACACGGCCCCCCCGCUGCCGCCGCCGCCUUCGAUGCAGCCCCCGUUCCCUCCCGCUGCCUCGUCGAACGUAAAUGAGCAGGGACAGUUUUUCCAUGAACAAGGUUGGGCGGCGGCCGGAGGCUAUACGGCACCCCCCCUCCCCCCGCCUCCCGGCCAACCGCCUGCGCCAGGGCCAGGGCCAGGAAGCAUGAGCAGUCAGAUGGGAUCUCAAAUGAACGGUGGCCAAGUGGCGGAUCAAAUGGGACACUACAUGGGGGGGCAACCAGGCGGGCACAUGGGAGGCAUGGGCGGGCCAAUGGCGCCAAUGAGCGAGAUGGGCGGAGGGCAGCAGCAACAACAGCAGCAGCAACAGCAGCACGCAAUGGAAGCGUACCAAGGGUCGCCAGUUGGGAACGCUCUCCACCCGGCAGCGAUGGCAAGCCCGAUGACUGGCAUGGGUGGGGGGAUAGGCCACGGCAACAUGGGUGGUAGUGCCGGCAUGAACGGCUCCAUGAUGGGGGGGAUGCAGGGAGGGAUGGGGGGCGGCGGCGGUGGCGUUGCGUUCCUUGCCGGCCCUGCACCAGUACCGCAACGACCGGCGAAAAAGGUGCCCGACUGGUUGGUUCAGACUCUGAAAGAAAAGGAAAAGCUGGCAGAGAAGCAAAAAAAGAAGAAAGGCGCAUCCCUGUCGACGGAUGUGGCUGCAGCUCUGUCUAGCGGGGCCGGCAACAUCAGCGGGUACAACCUCGUCCACUCCCCUUCCCCGUCGCCCCCUGACUCCCCGUCCGCCCGACGAACCAAACCGAGCUGGCAGGAAGACGACAGCGACGACGAUUCCGCAGACGAAACGUCGUUCAAGAGGGAAAACCGAGACAAGAGGGCAUCGAACGGGAGCGCCGCAGACGGCAGCGCAGGCGCUGGCACCCGCAACGACAGCGCCAAGCCGUCCGGCAUCCUCAAGAAGGGCGGCACCAAGCAGCGGGGGGCAGAGGGCGGCCUGGACAGGAACGGGGACGACGCCACGGCAGAGGCGGACACGGCACCUUUGGUGAUGGAUGACGAGACCAGGGCGUCGUUCGACCGAGAGAUUCGACGGCUGCUGACGCAUCUGCUGAAGGUGGGGACGGCCAACAUCAUCCGCGAAGUGGCUUCCUCCGCGUUAGAGGAGGCUCAGGAUUCCGCUGCCGCCGCCGCCGCCGCCUCGCCGGAGGCCCGGCAGCAGCUGCAGCAGCAGCAGCCAAGAGUCAGACGGAAGGAGCAGCGAGAGCAAAAGAAAGCCGUUGGGGCUCUCAUCGGCGGGUACGGGUCCGAGUCUCCCUCCGAGAGCGAGGGCGACGCUUCCCCUCCGCCGCCUGCCGCCGCGCCCGCGCCGGCCACCACCGUUUCUACCGACGCCCGAGCGGCGGCGGCACCCCCUCCUGCUGUUGAAAAGAGGGCCCAUGUUAAGGUCGGCGGGAAGUGGCCGCUCCCGUCGUGGGCGGACCCGCCUCACGAGGCGCCGCUUCCCGAAGGGCUGUCCAUCGUCGUGGAAACGAUAGGGCCCGAUCUGGAACGGGUGAAAACACAGGAGCUGUCUUUCAGCACGACGGUGAUGGGCAGGUUCGAGGAACAGUGCGGAUUCGUCGUGGAGGACGCUUCUGCCUCUCGGUGCCACGCGGCGAUCCUCGCCUCGGGAAAAGACGUUUUCGUGGUAGACAUUUUUUCCGCCAACGGCACAGCCGUGAACGGUAAGAAAAUUCAGCCGGGCGUCCUCCACGCUCUGUCUGCGGGUGGUGUGCUGACGCUGGGAACGCGCAACCAAUCUUUCCGCGUGAUAGUGCGGUCGACGCCGCCCCCCCGCCGCGAAGACCCACGAUCGCCGACCGCCUCCGCGAACGUUACGUCGCCUUCGCCCGCGGGUGGAUCGGCCCAACCGCCCAAGGUCUCCGACACCCCACCCAAGUUCAAGCAAGACCUGGUGGCCCUGGCGGCUACGAUAGCCGCAAGAAUCAACACGAAGUCGACCGCCGCCACUGCCACCGCUUCACCGGAGGCGGAAAAGGCCACAGAGAAGGAAAACAAGGGGGCCGCGGAGGAGAAAAGGAAGGAGAAGGCGACGGAUGCGACCAACCGCGCUCGGCGCAGCAGGAGAAGCAGAAGCAGAAGUCGCGGGAGAAGCAGCAGCCGCAGGAGGAGGGGAAGCAGCAGCCGCAGGAGAAGCAGCAGCAGCAGCAGCAGCAGCAGCAGCAGCAGCAGCAGCAGCAGCAGCAGCGGAAAGAGCAGCAGCAGAAGCAGAAGCAGAAGCCAGAGCAGGCCUCGUGAGCGCGACGGACAGCACCGAGGCCACCGAAAGGGCAAAGAUGACGGUCGUAGUGCUAGCAAGGAGAGGGACCAGAGGAGAGGGAAAGGGGGGAGAAGGAACGGUGCAAGCCGGUCCCGGUCCCGUUCGCGCUCUCCGCCAUCGACAAAGAGACAUGAAAAGGACAGCAGGGAUAGCAGCCGCAGUGGCAUGGGAGGAAGGAAGAGGAACAGGAGCGAGGCGAGUCUCGCAAGCCGCAGCCGCAGCCGUGAGAGGGGUUCGAAGAACCGAAGAAACGGGAAGAGGGAGAGCAGCAAAGAGCGGAGAGGCAGGAGAACCCGAAGCGUCAGUCGGAGCCGCGAGCGCAAGGACAAUAAGGCCGCGAAGGAUCGCGCCGGCGGUGGGAGUAGUCGGGAGAGGGCCAGGCGGAGAGAAAAAAACCGCAGCCGCUCACGCAGCCCGAGCAACAGCCGUGGAGGGCCUAGCGGAACGACAAGAAAAACCUCUGAUCGUGGGCGGCGGGACGCAAAGAGAGCGGCAAGCAGAAGCAGGAGCAGGAGCCGAAGCCGCACCCGCAGAGACCCUUCCAAAGAACCUUCUACGCGGAGCAAGAAGUCGAGCGAGGGCGGCAGGGCCAAGAGUCAGGCAAACAGAAAAGGAGCUGCUGCGGAGGAGAAGGGGACGGAGGGUGGUCGUGGCGAAAGCCGCACCAGCAAGGAAGCAAGCUCGGCAGCCGCUGUUGGGAGCCGUGACGAAACGGUAGGCAAAGGCGCCAAGAGUACGCACUCCGAGCGAGCGAAGAGCACCAACGGCGAGGGUGCAAAAGACCGCACGAAGGAGUCUGGGAGUGGCAAAGACGGCACCAACCAAGGCAACAAGUCUGCAGAAGUGAGCCGAGAUCGCGGUAGCGGCAGUCCUAGGGGGAGCAGCAAGUCCGGGACGAGCAAGAAAGCCGUCAAGAAAGCAUCGGACACGAAGCCUGCGGCGAAAACCGGGUGGGAUAGCAAGAAAACCACCAAGGGAAAGACAAGCGAGGAUGACAAGGGAAGCCGUAGCAGCCUCGAACGCGAGAGCAGCAAGACGCGGGAGUCGGGUCGCCAACGCCGUAGUAGGAGCAGGUCGCCUUCCGGCAAACGCACAGAGCGCCGACGGAAGGCGAGGUCGCCGUCGCGCGAAGAAAAGAAAGGCGGCAGUGGAAAGAGCUCACGGAGGAAGUCGUGAUGGUCUCCAGGCUUUGGUUUUAUCGCUUGAUUUCUGGUCGCAUCAUGUUGUCGUGACCCGUGAAGGGCGGCAGGCAACUCCUUGUCCUGGGAAUCUUCCAUCAGAUUUUGUUAACUUGAGUUGAGCUGCGUAACGGUUGUGUACACUCUUAAUUUGUGUAGAAGGAAAAGGAAAGGUGUCUGCGUGUUAGUUACUGGGUGGCGGCUCCAUCCUAAAGUUGUACGCGGGUUAAUUCAUUUAUUUUUACGA